CCAGCUCAUUCCUGUUACUGAAUUGAUUCUCUACACACAUGAAUAUCACAAACAAGGCAAGAGGCGACUCUCUGAAUUCCCUCAUCCCAGAGUCUAGACCUGUGGAUCAUUAACCGAGGCAAAAUCAACUCAGAAGCUGGACUUCAAUUCACACUUCCUUCCGUUCUAAGUGGAUAUUUAAUCUGCAGCUUUAUUGAAAAAUCUGGUUAGAAAAUUGGCUAUGGCCCCAGGCAGAUGGCCUGUUUUAGUGUUCACACUGCAACUACUUCUCAUCUUUGCUGAUGCAGAAUCUGAAACUAUCAAGGCAAGUGAAGGAUGCACUGACUUCCAGCCUGCAAGUUUACUGAGGGGUACCAAUCUCAAAGUGCAGUUUCUUCUAUUCCCAUCUUCAAACCCAAGAUGUGGGCAACUGCUCUCAGUAAGGGAGGCUAUCCAGAACUCCAGCUUCAACACCAGCUUGGGAACCAAAAUAAUCAUCCACGGUUUCAGGGCACUAGGCACAAAACCCUCCUGGAUAAAUGGGCUAAUUGAGGCCUUGCUGCAAGCAAACCAAGCCAACGUUAUUGCUGUUGAUUGGGUCCAAGGAGCGACAGCAGCCUAUCCAACUGCAGUAGAGAAUGUUAUGAAGCUGGGGCUGGAAAUAUCCACUUUCAUCCGAAGAUUGCUGGCUACGGGAGUGCCAGAGACCUCUAUCCACCUUAUUGGGGUGAGCCUUGGUGCCCACGUUGCAGGCUUGGUGGGUCAUUUCUAUGAUGGGAUGUUGGGAAGGAUUACUGGUCUGGAUCCUGCUGGGCCCAAAUUUACCCGAGCCAGCCAAGAAGAGCGCCUGGAUCCUGGGGAUGCUUUAUUUGUGGAAGCUAUUCACACGGAUGCAGACAAUUUUGGCAUCCGGAUACCUGUGGGACACAUUGAUUAUUAUGUCAAUGGGGGCAAAGAUCAGCCGGGAUGUCCUCGUUUCAUCUCAUCUGGCUAUCGCUACCUCAUCUGUGACCAUAUGAGAGCCGUGAAUCUCUAUAUAAGUGCCCUGGUGAGCCCCUGCCCCAUGAUGGCUUUCCCUUGCUCCAGUUAUCAGAAUUUCUUAGCUGGUGGCUGCUUGGAUUGCUUUGAUCCUUUCCUCUUGUCCUGUCCCACAAUAGGACUUCUGGACAAUGGAGGAGUUGACAUGAAAAAGCUGCCCAUGGAGGUAAAAGUCUACUUGGCUACAGCUGCAUCUCCACCAUACUGUGUGUACCACAGCCUGGUGGAAUUUAACUUACAGGAAAUAACAACUUUGGAUAUAAACAUUGAGAUAACCUUCCUCAGUAGCAACUCCUCAUUUCACACUAGCAUCACCAUACCCAAGCAGCAGACCCUGGGCAAAGGCCUGCUGACUCACUCCGUCCCACUGUGCCAGAUGGAAAGAGUGACACUGCUGUCCCGUCCUUCCAAAACCUGGAGUAGGAAGAAAAAUGGGAACCCCAUUGUUGGACAGUUCUGUACAGCCCUACUGCCAGUAGACAACGGGGAGAUGUUCUGCCUGCCUGAAACAUUGUCUUUGACGGCAAGCACCCUGCUUUCCCAUCGCCUUACAGUUGCCUGUGCCUGACAGAGCUCAGGGGAUGCAAAAGGCAAUAGCAGGUCUCUAAGGGUGGGGAGGACCUUCUAAAAUAACAAGGAGUGAAGGUGAUGCAUAAUUUCUUCCAUAAGAAAGCAAAUGCACAUUCAUUUCUUCUGUGCCUGCAUUUAGCCAAACCUCCUCAGCUUUGCACCUAAGGAAACCACAUGUGGAAGAUGACUGUGCAGAUCUAGAAACAUCCUCACAGUUUUGCAUUCAGCUAUGGCUGUUCCUCUCCAGAGAUGUGUUGAAGGAGGGAUGGUAGGAGUGGGAUUGUAGCCGACACCAGAUACCUGAUUUCCUUUUCCUGUUUUUGCCUGUCUUUAUGCUUCAGUCAUAGCACUAAUUACUAAAGGACAAAAGACUGGAUGAAAUGUGUUUUAUUUCUUGGAUCUGCAGUUUCCCACAAACAUAGAGAUUAGGAGGAGUAAUAACUCUCAGAAAAUAAAAUUUAAACAAGGCUUAGUA